AUGCCUGUCCCUACCACUUCGUCCAAAGUCCUCCCUCCCGGCAUCUACUGCCCCACCGUCACCUUCUUCCAGCCCACCGCAGAGCAGGAGCUCGACAUUGACCAGCAUGUCAAGCACAUGGAGUUUCUUGCCAAGUCUGGCAUCGCUGGUGUCGUCCUCCAGGGUUCUACAGCCGAGGCCGUCGCGCUCGAUGACGAAGAGAGGAAGACCUUGAUCCGAGUAGCCAAAGAGACCUUCAGAGGACUCGGGCAUAAUGGUGCCAUUAUUGCUGGCACUGUCGGUGCUCAGUCUUCUAGACAAGCCUUGAACCUCACCACGGACGCUGCGGAAGCUGGAGCCGACUUUUCUCUCGUGCUCCCGCCUUCCUACUACCCUGGCGCCAUGACUCCUGAUGCUAUCCAAACUUUUUACGAAGAGCUUGCCGACGCCGCCCCGAUCCCCAUCAUCAUCUACUCUUAUCCCGGUGUCUGCAGCGGUAUCAACAUGGACACGGACCUUAUCUGCCGUCUCGCCAGACAUCCCAACAUUGCCGGUGUCAAGCACACCGACCAUGAUGUUGGUAGGAUCGCCCCAUCAUUCACAAUCCUCGGUGGUGCUACCGACUACCUCCUGGGUGCCCUCGCGGUCGGCGGACAAGGUGCCAUCACCGGUAUGGCCAACGUCGCUCCUCGAGUCUGUGCAAAGGCCUUUGAGCUCGCCCAAGCAGGCAAGCAGCAAGAAGCUCUCGAAUUUGCCGGGGCCAUCUCGACCGCCGAGUGGGGUAUGGGCAAGGGUGCGAUCCUUGGUACAAAGUACAUGAUCGCUUGGGGUAACGGUUACAAAGGCUCUGCGGCGAUUGCCCGGAAGCCUCUUCCCCUCGUUCCCGAAGCUACCAAGGAACACGUACGCUCGGUCGGUGAGGAGAUUGUGGCGCUUGAACGCAAGCUCGAGGCGGAGGGCUGGGCUGGGGCUGCUAUCAGGGCCUAG